AUGGCACCGGAGAGAAUAAAUGGGAAUGUUUACAACGUGGCUAGUGAUAUUUGGAGUUUGGGCAUUUCGUUGGCAGAAAUGGCAUUGGGACAAUUUCCAUUCAAAAAUGAUUUAAACAUGGAUAUAAAGUCAACAGAAUCUUUAAUUAUUAAACCUGAACAUAUUUUUGCUUUACUUUCUGAGAAAGAAUUAAUAGCAAUUGGAAAUGGAUUUACGGAGGAAUUAAUUUAUGGAUGGUAA